UGGGCCGCUGUAGCUGGGCGGCCCUAAACCCACUUCAGGUCGGGGUCGGACCUGCUCUUCCCUGGGUGCACAUUCCGGAUCUUUCUGGCUCGCGGGUGAGCUUCUUCGUUUGGGCGUGCGAGCUUUGGGGCUCUCGGCCUGGUCGUGGUUCGCCCAGGAGAACCUUGCUUCUCUCUAGUUAGCAUCCGGAGCUGACUGCCCCCGAAGGUGACUGCCACAAAGGCCCCGGAACUACCGCUGUGCCCUGUGCGUAGGCUGAGGGAAAGGACCGUGGGGCCAGCUUCUUCACGCACAGCCUUGCAACCGGAUGAAGCUCUGCAGGCCUUUGGUAACGCCAGCAUCCGAGGUCAAAAGCCCAAAUAAGGACACCCAAAGAAAUGUGCCAAGAAGGGUUGUCUAGACUUGCUCUGAGCAGCCGCAGUAAACAGACCGAGGGAGAGAGGAAGACACUAGCAACAGCCCCAGAGCUUAUGGAUUCCAUGCUGGAGUCUCAAAGACACCCAAGCAGCAGCCUCCAGAAGGACUUUCCCCAGCGCCCGCAUGAAGACCUGGCUAAAGAUGCAGAGCCUCAGAACUGCCUCUUGAGGGAAGUGGAAUGCAUAGCACAGAGCCUGGGGGCAUCCCUGGAGGAGAUCCAGAGGAGAGCUGCGGAGCCGCAAGAGAAGGAGAGAGAACAGAGAAAGUUAGACGAUGUACUUGAGAGUGCUCGAUUGGAAAUUGAAAAAUUGAAAAGCAAUCUGAUAAAACUAAAAGAAAGUGAUGCAACGGACUUACGGAAAGCAAAAGAACACAACCAGAGGCUGGACGAGGAAAUUCUGGCUUUAAGAAACCGGGUUCGAUUGCUUGACUCCGAGAAAAAGUUGCUUGGAGAAAUGUACCUAACAUCUGGAGAGAAAGCGAACUGCCAGCAUCACGGGGAAGUGCAGCAGCUGCGACAGAACCUGCACCGCCUGCAGAUCCUGUGCAACUCGGCUGAAAAGGAGCUGCGCUACGAGCGGGGCAGGAGCUCAGACUUCAAACAGCACAACAGUUUGUUGCAGGAGGAGAACAUUAAGAUCAAAAUCGAACUCAAGCAGGCCCAGGAGAAGUUGCUGGACAGUGCCAGGAUGCAGUCCUCGCUCACGGCGGAGUGGAAGCACUGUCAGCAGAAAGUCAAGGAGCUGGAGCUGGAAGGGCUUCGGCAGGCUCAGAGCAUUAAAUCCCAGCAAAGCCUGCAGGAAAAGCUGGCUCGAGAGCAGUCGAAGGCGGCCGAAGCACAGGAGAAGAUUUUGGACCUGCAGCAGAAAUUAGACCAUGCUCGACAAGUCUGCCUUUCAGAUGCUUGUGUUUUGCAUAAGAAACAACUAGAGGAGGAGCUCAAGGAAGCAAGGAGCAGUGAGGCUAGGCUGCAGCAGCAGUGUCAGGAGGAGCAGCAGAGGAGGGUACUCCUGGACCAGGACAUAAAUGAGCUCCAGAAGCAAGUGAGAACCUUGCAGGAGAAGGAAGACCAGCUGGAAGCAAGCAAUUCCCAGCAGCAAGAGGCUCUCCGCAAACAGCUGGGAAACGAGAGCAGAAAGUGUGAAGAGUAUGUCAAGAGCAACCAGGAACUGUCAGAGAAACUAUCAAAGUUACAGCAAGAAAAGGAUGCUCUCUGGCAAGAACACGGGCGUUUUUUGGAGCAACUUGGUGAGCAUGUGAGAAACUACAAAGACAAACACCACUGCCACAAAGCCAAGCUUCAAAAGGUCAAGGACCGUCUAAGCCAUGAGUUAGAAAUACGAAAUAAGAGGAUUAAAGAACUCGAAGAUGAAACUGGAAAACUGCAACAAAAGAUUGAACUGGAGAAGGAGUUCCAGGGCCAGAUCAUGACCCAAAAUGACAUCCUCCUCCUGGAAAAGAGGAAGCUGCUAGAACAAGUCACAAAUCAAGAAGAACUGAUCUGCAGCAAUAAGUCCACAGUCUCUGCAAUCCAGAGCAAGGCAUUUUUACUGGAUAAAGAAAACCAGCAACUGCAGGAAAACUGCCUCCGGCUUAUGCAGCAAAUCAGUCUCUUAGAACGCAUUAUAAGGAGCAUCCAGAUUCGCAGAGUGGAAGAAACAAUAAUCAGUGACAAUGCUGCUUUUGAAAUACUCAAAAAGAUACUACCUUUGCAGAGCUCCAGUUUCUCAGGAACAGGUUUGGUAUUGUCAGCUGAAAAUCUCCAGGAGACUGAACUACAUAAAUCAGAAGGAACAACAGCAAUCCCCAAGUCCCCUGAACCUCUUUCAUGUUCACAGAAUUCUGAAAGUGGAUAUAUAAAUGUGACUUCUCUAAAAGAGAUAUACAACAUGCAAGGGGACCAAAAGCUGGAACUGUGACAUCACUGCUGUCUAAAACAAUGCUAACUGAACCUAGUAACUCAGACCAUGGAUGUAAAGACGCAAACUGACCUGGAGAGGUCUCACGGAACACGCUGGAAAGCAGCAAGGAGUCUUCAAAAUCGCUGACUUAACAGUCAUUAAAAGCUUUCUAAA